AUGCGCACGGAUAUAGGAUGAUGGGUCAAAUGUGGAGUGCCCAGAUUUAUUUUUGAUGACCCAAGUUUUCACUCCAUAAUCGAUAUAUCUCUUCUAGUAAGUUACUGAUAUGCAUUUAAUAUAUGAUUAUAAUAUUACAAAUAUUAUCUGAACCGAAAUGUGGAUCGAAUAUUAUUACAAAUGUUGAAAAAUAACGUAUUAUCAGACACACUCCUUGAAGUUAAAAAGUUAAAUCAUAACCCAAAAGAAGAAUUUUUGGAGAUUUUAUAGUAUUUCUUAGCAGUCAUCGAUUUUAUUAAUUUAUUUGCCAAUCAAACUUUGAAGUGUAAACGUAACAACAUGGUUCUAGCGGUGAAAACCCCAAUGAUGUUAUCCCAUUAUAGAAGGAAGAAAAUAGCGAAGUUGCUACUCCUGGCAAUUUUAAUCUUCAUACUAUAUAUUAAAUUCUUUACAGUGAUCACAAUUUAUCCCCAACAAUAUUGGUAUUCGUAUUUUUCAAACACUGCACCUAUAAGCUCGUAUAAUACCGUUGAUGAACCUCAGAAACUAAUUUUAUUUCCACGAUAUUUCCCAAGUCAAUUCGAUUCAGAGCUACAAGAGUACUACUCUAAGGUCCUUGGUUUGGCUUUACCACAAACAGAGUACAAAAUACUUCGGUAUGAGAAUAGCUUGCUCCAUGCGCACGAACAAUCCCUAAAAUCUGCAAUAGAAGCCAACUACACAUUACAAGAAACAAACUUAUUUAACUCUUUGCUGCAAAUAAAUGAACCUCAUUGUUCUAGUUUGAAUGAUACCAUCUCAUUUGAAGUUUCUGAACCUUUUAAUUUUGACACAGAUUUAUACAAGAUUGUUAACAAAGUUUUAAACUCGGAACACCUAAAGGAAAAUCGAGGGUUCAACAAUAUACGAAACCAAAUUAAAGCAAAAACUAUAAACAAGCAUUGGUUUAGAUUUGUUGGUAAUUCGGUAUAUUUGGAAGAUUACGGGGUUCAUCUAAUGGUUUCACGAGUGUCUUAUACACCUUCGGGAAGGAAAGAGAGGGCUUUUUUCUCAUUCCUGUAUGCUCAAAUAUUUGAUGAAGCUUGGAAUGAAAUAACUGAUAUCGAAUUAAUUGUACCUACUAACAAUCUCAAUUCUGAUGACACAUCUCAAGCAUAUAUGUCAAUCAAAUAUCCUUCAAUUGUUCCUAUCCCUACAUACAAAUCAAGAACAUUAUAUAAAGGACCAGAAGAUCCAAGGGUCAUAUUGGUAAAAUCACGAAAUGGAUAUAUGGAACCCGUGAUCAUAUUCAAUGCUUAUGGUCAGGUUCUUAACCCAGACACUGAGAAAAUUGAAUAUAAGUUAAAACGUUAUAUGUUCUUAUCUUGGCUUUGGCAAACUCAACAAGGUAAACUAAUACCUAGCGAAUCUCGAGAUUCAGCAAAAUUAGUUUAUUGUAAAACUGUUUCUUUAAAGCACCUCGAGAAAUUUGCAAUGGAAAAGAACUGGACGCCUAUGCUCAGUUUUAUUGAACGUCAAGAAGCAGGACAUGAUAUCAAUAUUUACAUCGUCUACAGAUGGUCUAAACUUGAAAUAUUGAAAUGUUCUCUUGAAGAUAUCCAAGAUGGUAACAUCCAAUGUAAUUCAGUUUUCCAGGUAGGUAAAACAUCUCCAGUUGGUAGAUUCAGAGGUGGAACCUCCAUGGUUAAUAUAAAUAUGUUAUUAGAUUCGCAGCGAAAGCAAGUUCCUCAAUUAAACUCCAUUAUUGAUCAUAUUCCUAAAGGAAGGGAAAUAUGGUUUGGGUUUGCUCGUGCACAUCUAGAGGAAUGUGGGUGUGGUGAAUCGAUGUAUAGGCCGAAUAUUGUUGUGCUAGUUAAGGACCAGGGAAAGUUUAAGAUUACCCAUGUUUCCCCCUUUGUGUCAUUAAAUAUUCCUAUGCUACCCUGGGAUACUACUAAACCAAACACGUUAUGUUUGGGUAGGAGUGUCGUGAUACCUAAUGGAAUAUCUCAAUGGAUGAUUGCUCAAGAUCAAUAUGGAAAAUUAGACGAUUAUUUAACCUUAGCUAUAUCAAGAGCUGACGUAACUGUUGAUCUUAUUCAUAUUCGUGGUUUGUUUUCUCAGGUGUUAAACUUAGAGCAUAGUGUGUUUAAAGAUUCAAAUAUCAGUAGGAAUAAAGGUAUAGAUAUCGUUGAAUGUGCCUUGGAUGGUUCAAAGGAGUUUUGCAAAGCGUUCGGAGAAGAAAGAGAAAUGAUUGAAAGUUCAAUGUUGAAAGGUGUUGAUACUGAGAUUCUAGAGUUUUAG